AUGAGCCGACAUCGUGCGAAUAUUUGUGCAGCCCUGGGAGACACAACUGCACAUGCGGGAAACACCAUCUCUGCAGUGAACGCCUUCAGUGCUGUCUUCAACAUUGCCUUGACUUUGCUGGCCCAGACAUACACAGAGUUGGACAUCAACUACAUGAAUGUCACUGGAUCCAUUCUCUCGAGCUUCAGUCAAGCCGGGCUCGUCCUAGGCGUGGUGAUGACCUUUGCCUUUGCAGCGAACACCAUGAUCUCCUGUCUCGCCACCGCCCAGGCCUUUGCCAAGUAUGUCACCCAGCACGAUAUCGGGAAGAUCUCGCAGCUGCCCUUCCCCCAGUCGCAUGUUCGACCCUUGAAGAAGCUUGCAUCCUUUGGGACAAUCACGUCCAUGAGGAUGACUAUUUCUCCCAUCAUCAACUCCUUGGCCUGCCCCAUGAUCGGCGGCUUCUUCCUCGGGGUCAAAGGUUUGCUCUUCAUGCUCUCCGGCUCGAACGUGCUGGUGCUUUGCCUGAGCAUCUUCCUCAUCAACUCAGGGCAAUCAUGGGUGGCGGCCAGGAAGUUUGUGCUCUUUGGCCUCCUUCGGGACAAGGAUGGCAAUGUUAUAG